AUGUCAAAGGAGUUAGCCCCAUGUGAAUGUCCAAAAAAGCAAGCUUGUAUAUUGUACUUCUCGGUUCUUGUUCCAUCUGAGAGUAAGAUUCUGCAUUUGUAUGAAGCAAGAUAUCUAGCUCUGUUGGAGGAGUCUUUGUCAAGAACAAAGAAGCUUUUUGUGCAUUUUGUGUUGGAUCCCAUAGCCAUUAAUGAUACAGGAUCUGAGGGAUCAUUCGCUGCUAGAUAUGGUUGUUUGGUUCUUGUCCAAAAAGUUGAGCGAUUAGAUGUUGGAGCUCUGGUCUCUAUUAGGGGAAUUGGUCGUGUUAAGAUUCUGAAAUUCGCACAGGCAGAUCCCUACCUGAAAGGUGAAGUCCUACCAAUACAGGAUAGGGUUCCGGAAAGUGAAAGUGAACUUAGCUCGAAAAUUAUGGCAGUAAAGGAGGCUCUAUACAGUUUGAAUAGCCUGGAAAUGAAGCUAAAGGCUCCCAUGGAGGCAUCAUUGCAGACUCGUAUCUUGAACUCUCUAAAUUGGGCUGAAAACGAACCUUGCUUUGAAGGCAAUGAAUCUUUCAUUCCAUCUUUGGCUGAACGCUUGUCCUUCGCAGCACUACAACCUGUUUCAGGAUCAACUCAGUCAGAGCUGGUGAAGUUGCAGCAAGAGAAGCUAAGAGCAAUGGAUCUAAAAGACACUCCACAAAGGCUAGAUAAUUCGAUCAAAUUUGCUAAACAGAAUAUAUCCAUGGUCGCCGCCAAGCUUGCGAUUCAGUCAUUAGGGAUUUAGUAAGCAAAGAAAUUUUCAUCUGGCCACACUCUGCAGAAUCUAAACGCAUUUUUUAGAUAUGUCAAUACAUCA